CGCCUCGCCUCGACACGCCUCGCCAUGGCAACGACUGCGCUACCUGCUACUGCCGCAGCCUACGUGCUUGCAGCAGCGUUGGUACUGCCCCUGGUGUCUUCGUUACCGCAGCUGAGAGCAGACUCGCAAAUCGUGUUCAGCGCAGACGAUGACAGCAUCGGCCCCAGGUUCCUGGCUGGGGGAACCUCAGCUAACGAGGUGGGCCGCAGCACGCGCUACCCAGGCGGCUGGGGCAGGCCCCUUUUCAUCACGACAACGCCCAAGCCUGAGCAGCCACGCCGCCAGACGCGGCCGCCCUACGUCGACUACGACGAGCUGUUCAUCUUCGACCGGCCCUCCAUGCCCAUCGAGUACGUGCCGCGCACCGCCAGCCCCCCCACAACCACCGGCAGCGGCUCCACGCGCGAGAACUGCAACUGCCCCACCACCAACGAGUACAACCCCGUCUGUGGCACUGACCACGUCACCUACUCCAACCCGGGCCACGUCUACUGUGCCAAGUACUGUGGCAAGACCGCUGCACUCGCAGAGAGCAUCGCCAUGGCAACGCAAGUGUCUGUUACCGCCGCCGCCGUCGUCGUAGUGCUCGUAGGUCUACUUGCGCUCCAGGUUUCACCAUUGCCACAGUUCGAAAUAGAACCUGAAUUUCCACUAGAUGCAGGCGAAGACGACAGUGAACCAUGGUUCCCGACGAGAGGCUGGCCUGGGAAUGAGGUACAUCCUGACAGGUGGGAGCCUGACGACUGGCUCCCCCCUUUCUUCCCACACACGACCAGCCGGCACCAGCGUUUCUUCACGACCACGACCAGCCGGCCGCCGCGGCGCCAGCAGCAGACCAGGCGCCCAGACCUGGACUGGCCGUCCCCACCCCCUCAGGAUUUGGACUGGCGUCCCAGGCCUCCUCAUGGUCCUCAGCCAAGCCUGAGGCCUCCCACGCCUUCCGUUGGUACCAGGCGUACCACUAGCCGUCCAAUCAUGAGCCGUCCCACCACGAGCCGUCCAAUCACGAGCCGUCCGACCACGCCCAGCGCUGGCGCCACGCCCCAGGACUGCAACUGCCCGUCCACCAAUGAGUUCAACCCCGUCUGCGGCACCGACGGCGUGUCAUACCCCAACCCUGGCCGCCUCCGCUGUGCCAAAGACUGCGGAAAACGUGUGUCUGUGUAUCACAUAGGCAACUGCGUUACGACAUCGACUAGCCCACCGAGAAGAACCGUCUCCGGCCUUCCACCGUGACCCCGGCAGCGGGACUCUACUUGUGGACUGAAAUUUUUAAUUACUCGCUAUGAAGACUUUGUGGCACCAAAGACGACACUGUUAUGUUUUUUAACCUAAGUGUGAACUGGCACUUCCAUUAUGUAUUUAUACUUCUUUUUCGUAAAGAUCACCCAAAAUGUAAUAAAACUUCCAUAUUUAAUUAUA